AGAGAAGCAGAGAAGCGGAGCAAGCGGCGCGUUCCAGAACCUCGGGCAAGACCAGCCUCUCCCAGAGCAUCCCCACCGCGAAGCGCAACCUUCUCCAGAGCAUCCCCCAGCGGAGCGCACCCUUCCCCAGAGCAUCCCCGCCGCCAAGCGCAACCUUCCAGAAGCAGAGAGCGGCGACAUGGCCAAGAAAACAGCGAUCGGCAUCGACCUGGGCACCACCUACUCGUGCGUGGGCGUGUUCCAGCACGGCAAGGUGGAGAUCAUCGCCAACGACCAGGGCAACCGCACGACCCCCAGCUACGUGGCCUUCACCGACACCGAGCGGCUCAUCGGGGACGCCGCCAAGAACCAGGUGGCGCUGAACCCGCAGAACACCGUGUUCGACGCGAAGCGGCUGAUCGGCCGCAAGUUCGGCGACCCGGUGGUGCAGUCGGACAUGAAGCACUGGCCCUUCCAGGUGGUGAACGACGGCGACAAGCCCAAGGUGCAGGUGAACUACAAGGGCGAGAACCGGUCGUUCUACCCGGAGGAGAUCUCGUCCAUGGUGCUGACCAAGAUGAAGGAGAUCGCCGAGGCGUACCUGGGCCACCCGGUGACCAACGCGGUGAUCACCGUGCCCGCCUACUUCAACGACUCGCAGCGGCAGGCCACCAAGGACGCGGGCGUGAUCGCGGGUCUGAACGUGCUGCGGAUCAUCAACGAGCCCACGGCGGCCGCCAUCGCCUACGGGCUGGACCGGACCGGCAAGGGCGAGCGCAACGUGCUCAUCUUCGACCUGGGGGGCGGCACGUUCGACGUGUCCAUCCUGACGAUCGACGACGGCAUCUUCGAGGUGAAGGCCACGGCGGGCGACACGCACCUGGGCGGGGAGGACUUCGACAACCGGCUGGUGAGCCACUUCGUGGAGGAGUUCAAGAGGAAGCACAAGAAGGACAUCAGCCAGAACAAGCGCGCGGUGCGGCGACUGCGCACGGCGUGCGAGAGGGCCAAGAGGACGCUGUCGUCCAGCACCCAGGCCAGCCUGGAGAUCGACUCUCUGUUCGAGGGCAUCGACUUCUACACGUCCAUCACGCGGGCGCGGUUCGAGGAGCUGUGCUCGGACCUGUUCCGCGGCACGCUGGAGCCCGUGGAGAAGGCCCUGCGCGACGCCAAGCUGGACAAGGCGCAGAUCCACGACCUGGUGCUGGUGGGCGGCUCGACGCGCAUCCCCAAGGUGCAGAAGCUGCUGCAGGACUUCUUCAACGGGCGCGACCUGAACAAGAGCAUCAAUCCGGACGAGGCGGUGGCCUACGGGGCGGCGGUGCAGGCGGCCAUCCUGAUGGGGGACAAGUCGGAGAACGUGCAGGACCUGCUGCUGCUGGACGUGGCGCCGCUGUCGCUGGGUCUGGAGACCGCGGGCGGCGUGAUGACGGCGCUCAUCAAGCGCAACUCCACCAUCCCCACCAAGCAGACGCAGACCUUCACCACCUACUCGGACAACCAGCCCGGGGUGCUGAUCCAGGUGUACGAGGGCGAGAGGGCCAUGACGCGCGACAACAACCUGCUGGGGCGCUUCGAGUUGAGCGGCAUCCCGCCGGCUCCCAGGGGCGUGCCCCAGAUCGAGGUGACCUUCGACAUCGACGCCAACGGCAUCCUGAACGUCACGGCCACUGACAAGAGCACCGGCAAGGCCAACAAGAUCACCAUCACCAACGACAAGGGCCGCCUGAGCAAGGAGGAGAUCGAGCGCAUGGUGCAGGAGGCCGAGCGCUACAAGGCGGAGGACGAGGUGCAGCGCGAGAGGGUGGCUGCCAAGAAUGCGCUCGAGUCCUAUGCCUUCAACAUGAAGAGCGCCGUGGAGGACGAGGGUCUCAAGGGCAAGAUCAGCGAGGCUGACAAGAAGAAGGUGCUGGACAAGUGCCAGGAGGUCAUCUCCUGGCUGGACUCUAACACGCUGGCUGAGAAAGAGGAGUUCGUGCACAAGCGGGAGGAGCUGGAGCGGGUGUGCAACCCGAUCAUCAGCGGGCUGUAUCAGGGUGCGGGUGCUCCCGGGGCUGGGGGCUUCGGGGCCCAGGCGCCCAAGGGAGGCUCUGGGUCGGGGCCCACCAUCGAGGAGGUGGAUUAGAGGCUUUUCUGGCUCUCAGGGUGUUGGCUAGAGACAGACUCUUGAUGGCUGCUGGUGCACGAUUCUUAUCAAGUUACUCCUUCUCUCCGGAGUUCAGUUUAAAGUUACAGCCUUUUAUACGGUAAUUGAUUUGAGUUUGUUACAUUUUGUAUGCUCGUGGGUUUUUUAUAUAUUCAAAUUAAGGUUGCAUGUUCUUUGCGUUUAAUCUAAGUAGCUGUGUAAAAAUGGUGUUUCCUUCCUGCGAACACCUCAGCACUGCCACCCUGUGUACAGUUUUUUCCUUGCAUCCCUACAAACUGAGAAAAAAAGUUAUCUUUUGUAACUUAAACAUUCAAAAUAAAAUGUUACAAGU